AUUAUUCUUUCCGAUACACAUUCAACAAGCCAGGAGUGUUAUCACAAGUUUAAUGUUUUUAUUUUGAUAAACAUAUUUAUAUAAGAAUUGAGGAUAUUUAAGAAAACUUUCAAUCGUCUUUGGGCUAAAUAAUUGUUAGUCAGUGCGAAAGUAGGAAAUUAAUUUUUGCAUAGAUUACAUUGAUAUCACAAAUACUGGACCAACUUGCGUCAUGUCUGAAAUUUCUGAAAUCAUAUCAGUUUUUAACAAGUUUGCUACUAUUAUGCAACGCUACACACACCUAGCCAUAGAAUGGGAUGUCAAAAAUGUCAAGUGGAAAUAUAACAAAAAUCUUAAGACCAUUUUUCUGUGGUGUUUUCACAUGAUAACAUGCGUUGGCGUCAGUGGGAUCCUAUUUACAACCUUUCUUCUUGUAUCGCAAUUAAAAGGACAAUUAGAAUUUAGUCCACUGCCAGUCCUGAUAUUUCACAUUAUUCUUUUACUACUAACCUCGUUUGCUGUUGCCCUUUCAGUGGCCCUAAUAACGCAUGGGGAGCAAUUUGUAGUAGGAUGGAACGCGCUUUUGACCAUUUUAAGAAGCACGAAUAAAGGUGCGAAAACACGCCUAACCGAAACAACUGUGAAAGAAGGUAACAUCUUUUGGACCGGCAUGACAGGAAUUGUCUAUCAAUUCGCCUUCUACCCUUUCCUAUGUUUUCCGGCCAUGGUCAUUUUUAAACUGGGAGCAUCAAUUUACAUUGUUGACAUGAUGAAAUUACCGUUUGCUUUGGAUUUCUUGGCAAGGAUGUGUUCCAUGUAUGGACAGGCUGCUGCAUGUUUUGAAGUAUGUCGAAUAACUCCGCUGGUACUAAUUCUGCUCAUCAUGGUUGGAAAGAUGUUGAAUUCGGUCAUACUUUGUUACCAGAAACAGCACAGUGGCUGGUUCAACAAUCGCCUAGUUGGCGAAUAUUCAGCACUGGUGAUUGCUUUCGCAGCAAUGAGACCACUUUUGGAAUCCUUGAUUGGUUGGGUAAUGGGUGCGUCUAUGCUUGCCCUGGUAAUGUUCACCUUUGUCACGAUACGAAUGUAUAGCAUUUUUCCACUUUGGUUUUAUAUAUAUUUUCCAAGUGUGAACAUUCUGGUUGUGGUUUGCUUGAUGCUAAUUUUAUCAAUAACCGUUGGAGUAAGAGAUAAUUGCGAAGCAAUGUUGAGGACUUGGCUAAAUUGGGCAAAUUCAGUUGGAGUCCAAAGAUUUAGGAUGCAUCAUCUGCAAAAGAGGCUGAAAGCUCUUCAACCGAUUCAAUUCAGUGCAAGGCUAAAGUAUUGCAGGCUAUAUUAUGUAAAGAAAUCUAUCAAAUUAAAAUUUUAUCAGCAGAUUGUUGCUUAUACGAUGACUUUAUUGUUAAGCAUACCAGAAUUUAAUGACGAGCAGGAGAGGGAGAGGUUGGCAGCUUGGGAGGUAUUUAAUUAGAUCAAGUUAAAUAUUUCAG